UCACAUUUCCCCCCCAUCUUGCUCUCUUUUUUUUUUCUUUUCAAGUCUACAAAGUACUCCUCGAUUGUUUUGUUCUCCCAGUUCGCCCCCUCUUCACUACAGCGCUCAACUAGUCUCGGAGCUUGUUAUGCCCGGGCCUCCACAGCCCACCGCGGACAGACAAGCCACUUGAAGGACCACCUUCGACCCGAUCGCUUCAUCCUUCCCCCACCGCUUGAGUGAACGACAAGAUACAUUACAUUCAAGAUGAGCAGGACGGAAGCCGAUCUUGCGAUCAAUAUUCGCAAAGCGACAAGCAUUGAGGAAACCGCUCCGAAACGGAAACAUGUUCGCAGUUGCAUCGUUUACACGUGGGACCAUAAAUCGUCUAGCGCCUUCUGGGCGGGCAUGAAAGUACAACCCGUUCUUGCCGACGAGAUCCAGACGUUCAAGGCCCUGAUCACCAUUCACAAGGUGCUCCAAGAGGGACAUCCUGUUGUGGUGCGCGAGGCGCUGCAGAAUGUCAAUUGGAUCGAUAGUUUGAUGAGGGGGGUGGCGGGCGAUGGCAUCCGAGGUUAUGGCCCUCUUAUCCGUGAAUAUGUCUUCUUUCUCGAGUCGAAGCUCUCGUUCCAUCGGAAUCACCCGGAGUUCAACGGUCUUUUCGAGUACGAGGAAUACAUUAGUUUGAAGACCAUCAACGAUCCAAAUGAAGGUUACGAGACCAUCUCCGAUCUUAUGGGGCUGCAGGACCAGAUCGAUGCAUUCCAGAAGCUGAUCUUCUCGCACUUCCAAGCCGGCAACAAUAACGAGUGUCGUAUCUCUGCCCUUGUGCCGCUCGUGCAGGAAAGCUAUGGCAUCUACAAGUUUGUCACGAGUAUGCUGAGGGCUAUGCACACUACCACUGGCGAUUUGGAGGCCCUGGAACCCCUUCGUGGACGCUAUGACGCCCAGCACUACCGCCUUGUGCGAUUCUACUACGAGUGCUCGAACCUGCGCUAUCUGACCAGUCUCAUCACGGUUCCGAAGCUCCCCCAGGAUCCGCCCAACCUGCUGGGCGAGGACGAGGAGCGCCCCACGUUACCCAAGCGCCCGACCAAAGAGGUGGAGCGAGAGCCCUCUCCGCCCCCGAAGCCCGCCGUGGCAGACCCGGAGCCGAUCAACGACUUCUGGACCAACGAAGCCAAGCGUCAGCAGGAGGAGUAUGAAGCCGAGCAGAGACGACUCCAGCAGCAGUGGGAGGAGCAGCAACGGCAGCAACUGAUGGCGCAGCAACAGGCCCAGCGGGACUUUGAGGAACAGCAGCGGCUCCAGGCCGAACAACAGCGCAUGGCCCAGGAGCAGCUCCUACGGGACCAAUAUCAGACCCAGACCCAGGGCCGCCUGGCCGAGUUGGAGCAGGAAAACCUCAACGCCCGUGCCCAAUACGAGCGCGACCAACUGAUGCUGCAGCAGUACGAUCGUCGUGUCAAGGAUCUCGAGGAGCAGAUGAAUCAGCUCAGCGCGAAUAUGAACAUGCAGAACUCGUCCAAGGAUGAGCAGAUCAAGGCCUUGCAGGAACAAGUCAACAGCUGGCGGUCUAAGUACGAGGCCCUCGCCAAGCUCUACUCGCAGCUGCGCCAGGAACACCUCGAUCUGCUGCAGACCACCAAGAGUCUCAAGCUCAAGGCAGCCUCGGCACAGGAGGCAAUCGACCGUCGCGAGAAGCUCGAGCGCGAACUCAAGACCAAGAACCUCGAGCUGGCCGACAUGAUCCGCGAGCGCGACCGCGCCCUGCACGACAAGGACCGUCUGAGCGGCAGCAACAGCGAGGAGCUGGAGAAGGUCAAGCGCGAGCUCCGCUUUGCCAUUGACCGCGCCGAGAAUGCCGAACGUGCAAAGGGCUCGGAGAUCUCGGCCAUGCUGUCCAAGUAUAACCGUGAGAUGGCCGAUAUGGAGGAAGCCCUGCGGAACAAAACCCGGGCGCUCGAAGACUUCUCGUCCAGGAACUCUGAGCGACAAGGCGACCACGACCUGGCCCUGCGCGAGAAAGACGAGGAGAUCGAGGUCUACAAGUCUGGCAUGGAACAGGCUUUGAUGGAACUCGAGGAGCUGAAGCUGAGCCAAGGAGAUGUGGACCACGCUCUGGACACUCAGAUCGACCACGUGUUGCACGGUACUGUGGCGAAGAUCAACGACAUCAUCGAUUCGGUUUUGCAGGCUGGAGUGCAGCGCGUGGACGACGCUCUGUACGAGCUGGAUUCGUCGAUGCAGGCUGGUAAUCAGAAUGCGUCGCCGCCGUACGUGCUCUCGCAGGUGGAGAAGGCGUCCGCCUCGGCGACCGAGUUCUCGACGGCGUUCAACAACUUCAUCGCCGAUGGGCCAAACAGCACCCACGCCGAGAUCAUCCGGACGGUGGCGGUGUUCUCGGGCUCGGUGGCAGACGUGCUCAGCAACACCAAGGGGCUGACCCGCUUCUCCAACGACGACAAGAACGCGGACCAGCUCCUCAACGCGGCGCGCAAGUCGGCGCAGGCAACGGUACGCUUUUUCCGCGGGCUGCAGUCCUUCCGGCUGGAGGGCAUGGAGCCGCUGCAGAAGACGGAUGUGGUGAUCAACAACAACCUGGAGGUGCAGCGGGACCUGCAGUCGCUGUCCAAGCUGGUGGACGCGUUUGCUCCCAAGAGCAGCAAGAUCAGCACGAGCGGCGACCUGGGCGACCUGGUGGAUGCGGAGCUGACCAAGGCCGCCGACGCGAUCGACGCGGCGGCGCAGCGGCUCGCCAAGCUGCGCAACAAGCCGCGCGCGGGCUACUCGACCUACGAACUGAAGAUCCACGACUCCAUCCUCGAGGCCGCGGUGGCUGUGACGGGCGCGAUCGCCGAGCUGAUCCGCGCGGCGACGGCCUCGCAGCAGGAGAUCGUGCGCGAGGGCCGCGGCAGCUCGUCGCGCACAGCCUUCUACAAGAAGAACAACCGCUGGACCGAGGGGCUCAUCUCGGCCGCCAAAGCCGUCGCCUCGUCCACCAACACCUUAAUCGAGACCGCCGACGGCGUCAUCUCCGGCCGCAACUCUCCCGAACAGCUCAUCGUCGCCUCCAACGACGUCGCCGCCAGCACCGCCCAGCUCGUCGCCGCCAGCCGCGUCAAGGCCACCUUUAUGAGCCAGACGCAGGACCGCCUCGAGACGGCCAGCAAGGCUGUCGGCGCUGCCUGCCGCGCCCUCGUCCGCCAGGUCCAGAGCAUCAUUGCUGAAAAGAACCGCGACGACUCCGACGCUGUCGACUACGCCAAGCUCUCCUCGCACGAAUUCAAAGUCCGCGAGAUGGAGCAGCAGGUCGAAAUUCUUCAGCUGGAGAACAGUCUCGCUCGAGCCCGCCAGCGUCUGGGCGAGAUGCGCAAGAUCUCCUACCAGGAGGAGUGAUUCUCUCGUUUUUUU